AUGACUGGCGUCUUUGGGCACCAGCAUGCAUCUCCUGCAUCCAAGACUUCCAGCGACUUCUCAGAAGACAACUUCAGUGACGACUCAGAGAAAGAUGCUUUCGGGGACCUAUCACCGUCUAAAAAUAACACUUUCAUAGGGCCUGGGCCAUACCGAGCACACACAAGCGACAGUGACGAUGAAGACACUGCCGAUCAUUCCGACUCGCGAGGCAGGUCACGCGACCUUUCCGUCGAGACGAACGUCCAUCCCGGAACAGCCCUACCACAUGUAGAUGAUUCAGAGGGCGCGGAUGCCUCCAAGUCACAGCCCGUCUCAUGGCGCUCGCUGCCCAGAAAGGACCAGCUGUUCGUCCUCACCCUCGCACGUCUUUCAGAGCCCUUGACGCAGACUGGACUAGGCUCGUACCUGUUCUACCAGCUGCAGUCGUUCGACCCUUCGCUGCCCGACUCGACCAUUUCGUACCAAGCCGGCAUCAUUCAGGCGGCAUUUCCAUUCGCUCAGUUCUUGACAGCCAUGCUGUGGGGACGUUUCGCCGACUCACCUCGUGGAGGGAGAAAGAAUGCCAUAUGCAUUGGGCUGCUGGGAACCAUGUUCAGCAUCAUUGGUUUCGGAUUCUCCCAUAGCUUCGCCGCGUCGGUGACAUUCCGACUCAUUGGAGGCAUUUUGAAUGGGAAUAUUGGCGUAAUGCGAACGAUGAUUUCUGAGAUCAUCAAAGAGAAGAAGUACCAGAGCAGAGCGUUCCUGCUGUUGCCUAUGACCUUCAACGUUGGCGUCAUUGUCGGUCCUAUUCUUGGCUCUCUCAUCGGUGGUGAAACUGGCGUUGGAUGGAUGAAGAAGUGGCCCUACGCUCUGCCCAACUUGCUGAGUGCCGGAUUCUUGCUGUUCUCUGCACUAGCUGUCAUCUUCUUCCUCGAAGAAACCAGCGAACUAUGCAAAGACAAGCCCGAUCGUGGCCUACGCCUGGGUCGCUGGGUUCGUCAACACAUCUUCCGCCAGAACCCCGCGCCCGACGCUGGAUAUAGCGCCAUUGCAAGCGAUGAGGAGACCGCUUCGAGCUUCGAAUUACAAGACACACCGACUUUCGCUCAAAGUCCCGACAAGUCCACCAAACCACGCCAAGUCCUCCCUUUCCGCCGCAUAUGGACCCGUAGCCUCAUCACCACUCUCUUCGCGCACGGCUUCCUCGCCAUGCACGUCGGCGGCUUCAACUCUCUCUGGUUCAUCUACCUCUCCACCCCGCGCUUCGACCCCUCCCAUCCUCACCCACCAGGCUUCAAACCCCACGGCCUCUUCCACUUCACCGGCGGUCUCGCGCUCCCACCGCCACGCAUCGGACUAGCCCUCGCCAUCCUGGGCGUCAUCGGCAUAACCCUUCAAAUCUUCGUGUACCCCACCCUCUCGCACCGUCUCGGUACCGCCAAGAGCUACCGCAUCUUCCUCGCGCUGUUCCCACUCACAUACGCCCUCGCGCCCUUCCUCAGCCGCGUGCACAGCUCGUCUGCACCGCCCGAUGGCGUAAGUGGACCGUGGAUCUGGCUCAGCAUCACCCUCGUCCUCUUCAUCCAGGUCCUCGCGCGCACGUUCGCACUCCCAUGUACCGCCAUCCUCAUCAACAACGUCUCGCCGCACCCGUCUGUGCUCGGCACGGUCCACGGUAUCGGCCAGAGCGUAUCGAGUGCGACGCGCACCUUCGGGCCGAUACUGUUUAGCUGGCUGUUUGGCAGAGGGCUGGAUAUGGGCAUCGUGGGGUUGAGUUGGUGGUGCAUGGCUGCUGUGGCUGUCGUUGGAUGGGUGGUUGCGCAGGGGGUGCGGGAGGGGGAUGGGCAUGAGGUGUUGUUGGAGGGGGAGACCAGGGGGAAGAGGGCGGAUUAG